AUGCCAGGAGCAACAGACAUCAAACCCACAAAGCCACUCAAGAACCCAUGCAACCUCUGUCAGUCUGUCAGGGCGAUCCUCAAGCGACCCAAGACAGGCCAGCAGCUCUGCAAGGAAUGCUUCUUCCAUGUCUUCGAGACAGAGAUCCACAACACCAUCGUCGACAACAAGCUUUUCAACAAGGGUGAUAGAGUCGCUAUCGGUGCCAGUGGAGGGAAAGAUUCAACGGUGUUGGCAUAUGUGAUGAAGCUUUUGAACGACAGAUACUCAUACGAACUCGACCUUGUCCUUCUCUCGAUCGACGAGGGAAUCACGGGCUACAGAGACGACUCGCUGGAGACUGUCAAGAGAAACAGGGACCAGUACCAAAUCCCCCUCCUGAUCGUCAGUUACAAGGAUCUCUAUGGCUGGAGCAUGGACGAUAUCGUCAAAGAGAUUGGACGCAAGAACAACUGCACAUUCUGUGGAGUAUUCCGUCGCCAGGCACUAGACAGAGGUGCUAUCAUGCUGAACGUGGAUCAUAUUGUGACCGGACACAAUGCGGACGAUAUCGCCGAGACUGUACUCAUGAACAUCCUCCGUGGAGAUCUGCCUCGCCUUCAAAGAUGCACAUCUAUCAUUACCAACGACACAUCAGAGGACUCUUCAGGAAUCGAAACAUCCAAGAUCUUGCGGUCUAAGCCCUUCAAGUACACAUACGAGAAGGAGAUUGUCAUGUACGCCUACUUCAAGAAGCUGGACUACUUUUCGACAGAGUGUAUUUACUCCCCCAACGCCUACCGUGGUCAUGCUCGUGUUUUCCUCAAAGAUCUGGAGGCUGUUCGCCGGACAGCUAUUGUUGAUAUUAUUCAUUCGGGAGAGGCAUUGUCGGCAUCAGUACAGGCGAAUGAAUCGACAAAGUUACCAACAAUGGCCAAUUGCACGCGGUGUGGAUACAUUUCAUCGAACGAGCUUUGUAAGGCGUGUUUGCUACUUGAGGGUCUGAACAAGGGCCUGCCACAGCUCGGAAUUGGACACACGACCAAGAUCCGGAGGAUGCACGAAGCUUCCAAUUUGGCGUCUGGCUUGUCAUCGCCAGCUUCACUAUCAUCAGCAGUAGCGGAUGGAUCGGCAGGGGAGAAGGUCAAGGUUGUCACACAUAUCAAGGACCUUGGCCAACUCGAGACUAUGCCCACUCUUGACUCUAUGAAAUAA